AUGGAAGAUGAAACUAUUGAGUACCGUCUUAUCAAUGGUAGACGCUAUCAUAAUCUUUCGAAUUCAAUGUAUUUUGUAGCAAAUGAUGACGAAGAAGCCAAUCGUUUAAGUAGAUAUCAUGAUGCAAUAAAAGAUAUUUGGGGAGGGCUGUUUAAUUCACCUGUUGAAGAGAAAUUAAGACAAGGAGCUCGUGUUAUUGAUAUUGGAUGCGGAUCUGGAAUUUGGAUUUUGGAUAUGGCACAACAAUAUCCUAAUUCAACGUUCGUAGGAAUAGACAUAUCUCCAAUACUUCCAUCAGAAGGUUGCCCUACAAAUGUGAAGUUUGUUCAGCAUAAUGUGUUGGAUGGAUUACCAUUUGCAAAUUCGUCCUUCGAUUUAGUUCACGAAAAAUUCAUGACUGGCGCUUUUACGGAAACACAAUGGAAAGAGAAAAUUAUUCCAGAAAUGAUAAGGUUAGCUCGACCAGAUGGAUGGGUUGAGAGCUUAGAAUGUGAGAUUACUUCAUCUGACGAAAGCGUUACAAUGAGGGUUACAAAAGCUCUCCAUGAUUUUAUGAGAUUAAAGGGAAUGAACCCUACAAUUGGAAAAGAAAUUCCGCACAUUUUUGAAAACACAAACGCGUUUUUAGAAAUCAGAGAUCAACUUAAAAUUAUAGAUCUUGGUACAAAACAUGAUAAAUCUGCGGAAGAGUCUCUAAAAUUUUAUAUUGGUGGUCUCAAGUCUGCUAAAGGUUUUUUAGCGAACUCAAUGAAUGUCACGCCCGAAGAUUAUGAUGCCCUCUUAGAAACAAUAUAUUUUGAGACAGAAAAACAUUCUACUUAUUGUAACCAAUAUAGAAUCUGUGCUCAUAAGAAAAUUCAAAUUUAA